AUAUUGGAAUUUUCUGUAAGCUCCAAUCGAUCGAAAUUUAGGUUGUGCGAUUUAUUUAUUUAUUUUUUUUAAAAAAAAACUGGGGACUAUCUUUCUCAUUUUCUCCAGCUUGGGCCUUUUUCCCAUUUUUAUUUGCUGAAUACAAAAGGUUUUACACAAAAAAAAAAUAAAAAAAAUAAAAAAAGGGAGAAAAAGCUCAAAAGCUACUACAGAACUCACUGAUUGUCACUUGUGAAGGCUGAUAAGGAGAUAAAAUCAAGGCUGUCAAGGAAAAGGUCGAAGCCUUGAAGGCUAAAUAUUUUCCAGGUAGCAGUAAUGGUGGAAUGGUGGUGGUCUGUACUGGGAGCUGCUGUGCCAGCUGUAGUGGCAGGGCAAGCUUUCUGGACGAAGAAAAAGCGAGAUGAGGAGGGAAGGUUAAAGAGGGCCAGAGGCCGUGAAAAGAACUCCGAUGAUAUAUUUGUUUGUGAAAGAGUGUGUACUUCAAACAGGAUGCUCAAGAAGGUUGGUGCGUUUUCGAAAGACCCGACACCUGACACUUGUGUUACUGUUUGUGGUGUUUCUGAGCUCGACGCUUGUGCUGAUGCGUGUGCUCGGACUGUUUGUGUUAAUCAGCAUCAAGUGCCUAACUGGAACGAUAUUUGUCUCAAAAGGUGUCAAAGUGAGUGUCUUAGGCUCUCACAAUCUUCUGUGGUGUCUUCUUAGCACAUUGCUCUAACAUUUUGCUUCUAUCUUUUCCAUAAUUCUGGUCUGUUGACAAUCUUCUGUAGUUUUUUCUUAGCACAUUGCUCUUUACAUUUUUCUUCUAUCAUUUCAAGAAUUCUGGUCUGUUGACGAUCUUCUGAUGUUGAUGAAUAUUAUUGUGGUAUCUA